CUAAAAUCCCCCCUCUCAGAUUCUCUCCCUCCUCUCGAUCUCUCUCUCUGUCCCUCAGGUUCGGCCGCCGACGGCUCUUAUCCGAUUCCGACGACAGCCGACGACAGCGUCGGCUCCCCUCCCAUCCAUCCCCGACGAAGAUCACUAUUUGCAAUGGGGAAGAAGAAGACAGAGGAUGCUGGUGGAGCUACAAAGGGUGGUAAGGCUGGAAGCUCUAAAGAUGGAAAAAAACUCUCUGUAUCUGCCAUGCUGGCUAACAUGGACCAGAGACCCGAAAAGCCUAAGGGAUCUUCCACAAGUACAAAGGCUAAAAAAGCUCCCAAACCUACUUCUUAUACUGAUGAUAUUGAUCUUCCUCCCUCUGAUGAAGAUGAAGAUGAGUACGUUUCAGGAGAUGAGAUACAACAAGAUGACGCACAAAAGAAAAGGCCCGAUUCCAAACUAAUCGAAGCAUCAAUUACUGACAAAGAGUUGAAAAAACGGGAGAAGAAGGACCUUCUUGCUGCCUACGCUGUUGAGCAGGCAAGAAAAGAAGCUCUUAGAGAUGACCAUGAUGCUUUCACUGUUGUCAUUGGAAGUCGGGCUUCGGUUCUCGAUGGAGAAAAUGACCUUGAUGCUAAUGUCAAGGACAUAACAAUUGAAAAUUUUUCUGUUUCUGCCCGAGGAAAGGAACUCUUGAAGAAUGCAUCAGUGAAAAUAUCUCACGGAAAGAGGUAUGGUUUGGUGGGACCAAAUGGUAUGGGCAAAUCUACUCUAUUGAAGCUUAUUGCUUGGAGGAAAAUUCCGGUGCCAAAAAACAUUGAUGUUCUCCUAGUCGAGCAGGAAGUUAUUGGUGAUGAAAAAACUGCAUUGGAAGCUGUUGUUUCAGCCAAUGUUGAACUUGUCACCCUCCGAAAAGAGGUUGAAGCAUUGCAAAACUUAUCUUCAGGUACAGGGAAUGAUGCAAGCAACGAAAAUGAUGAAGCUGAUGAUGUAGGGGAGAAGCUUAGUGAAAUGUAUGAGAUGUUACAGAUAAUGGGGUCAGAUGCGGCUGAAGCUCAAGCAUCAAAAAUUCUUGCUGGGCUAGGAUUCACAAAGGAUAUGCAAGGUCGUCCUACACGAUCGUUUAGUGGUGGUUGGAGAAUGAGAAUUUCAUUAGCUAGGGCACUGUUUGUGCAGCCUACUCUUUUGUUACUUGACGAACCCACUAAUCAUCUUGACCUGAGAGCUGUUUUAUGGUUGGAAGAGUACCUGUGUAGGUGGAAGAAAACUUUGGUGGUUGUUUCUCAUGAUCGAGAUUUCCUUAACACAGUUUGCACGGAAAUUAUUCAUCUACAUGACCUUAAGCUCCACUUUUAUCGUGGAAAUUUUGAUGAUUUUGAAACUGGGUAUGAGCAACGGCGCAAAGAGAUGAACAAGAAAUUUGAGAUUUAUGACAAACAGAUGAGAGCUGCAAAAAGGAGUGGUAAUCGUGCUCAGCUGGACAAGGUCAAGGAUCGAGCAAAGUUUGCCGCAGCUAAGGAGGCAUCGAAAAGUAAAGGCAAGGGCAAAGUUAAGGUUGAUGAAGAUGAUGCUCCUACUGAGGCCCCACAGAAGUGGCGAGAUUAUAGUGUGGAGUUCCACUUUCCUGAACCUACUGAGCUUACUCCUCCACUCUUGCAACUUAUCGACGUCAGCUUUAGUUAUCCAAACCGGAAAGAUUUUAGGCUGUCGGAUGUUGAUGUUGGUAUUGACAUGGGGACCCGUGUUGCUAUUGUGGGGCCCAAUGGAGCUGGAAAAUCUACAUUGCUCAACCUCCUUGCUGGUGAUUUGGUUCCGAGUGAGGGUGAAGUACGUAGGAGUCAAAAGUUAAGGAUUGGAAGGUAUUCUCAGCAUUUUGUAGACCUCUUGACAAUGGAUGAAACACCAGUCCAGUACCUUCUCCGUCUCCAUCCAGACCAAGAGGGUCUUAGCAAGCAGGAAGCCGUUCGUGCAAAGCUGGGAAAGUUUGGACUUCCUAGCCAUAACCAUCUUACUCCUAUUGCAAAGUUAUCUGGGGGACAGAAAUCCCGUGUUGUCUUCACAUCAAUAUCCAUGUCAAAACCUCACAUUUUGCUGUUGGAUGAACCCACGAAUCACUUGGAUAUGCAGAGUAUUGAUGCUCUAGCUGACGCACUUGAUGAAUUUACUGGUGGAGUUGUGCUGGUCAGUCAUGAUUCUAGGCUGAUAUCACGUGUGUGCGAGGACGAAGAGAAGAGUGAAAUUUGGGUGGUCGAAGAUGGUACUGUACGGAACUUUCCAGGCACGUUUGAGGAAUACAAGGAAGAUCUACAGAGAGAAAUUAAAGCUGAGGUCGAUGAUUGAUGAUGUAAAGGUGAAAAUAUUUGUUAUUUGCUUUGUCUACAUGUUGAAAUUUUGCAGGGGUAUGCUUUCUCUCGAUACAGAGAAUAAACAUGGUCUUUGUCCUACUCUCUUACAUAUACGUCUUUCAUUAUUUAUAUGAGUGUAUGAUUAGUUUGUUUCCGGAACUAAUAAAGUAUAAAUUUUUCAUUUAA